AUGAAGUCGAGCAACCAGGCGGAGUCCCCGAAGUUGAGGGUGACUACGAGCCUGCGGCUGCCUGGCACGCGCACCUUCGCGCCGGCCGACAGUGAGCAGCAGCUGGACCAGGGCGCACAGCAGACGCGGCCAAUGGCGGGGCCUUGCAUCGGGUGGGGGUGGACCACGAGAGAAGUCUCGUGCGUCCAAUUGCUGAAGAUGGCGGUAUCAUUCAUCACCAGACUUCUAACACUGGCUCUAGGGUACGCCUACCCGGCGUACGACUGCUACAAGACGCUGGAACUGAACACGCCGCAGAUGGAACAGCUGCGAUUCUGGUGCCAGUACUGGAUCCUGCUCGCGUUCCUGACGGCUUUCGAGAGGUUCGCCGACUGCGCGGUCUCGUGGCUGCCGAUGUACGGCGAGGCGAAGCUCGCGCUCGUCGUUUACCUCUGGCACCCAAACACAAUGGGCGCGGGCCGCGUCUACGGCGACUACCUCCGCCCGUUCCUGGCGGCGCACGAGGCGGACAUCGACCGGGGCCUUCUGGAGCUGAGGGCCAGGGCCGCGGACGCGACGGCGUCACACCUGCAGGCGGCCGUGUCGCUCGGGCGGGCGUUCCUGUUCGAGGUCGUCCGCCGCGUUUCGUCGCGGCUGCAGGCGACCAGAAGCCCCGCCGGGCAGGGACAGUGA